AUGAAGAUGUUGAGCAGACGUUGGAGCUUUUCAAGAAAGUUGAUAUGGUGUCGUGAUUUGAUACGCCGCAAGUUCUACACUGGAAAACGAUACAACUCGGAAGAAGGAGGUUGGAUCGAGCAACUCCCAGAUGACGUCAUGCAACUGAUUCUGCAGCGACUGCCCCUGUCGGAUUAUCUGAACUGUCGUGACGUAAGCCGUUGUUGGCGAGCCGCAAUUAACAACAAGCGUUGGCUUCCUGCGCCUCAUCAACUCCCAUGGCUUGUGGUCUCUUCUUGUAUAGGAAGAGACAUGCUCGCAUCCUACAUCAAAAUAGAUGACGACGACGACUUGCGUAUUAAUGUAAGCCAUCAGAAAACUUGGAAAGUAAAAACCGAUCCUCCCGCAGAUUGUUAUUGUGCUGGAUCAGUUGAGGGAUGGCUGAUCAUAACCACUAGUAGAUCAUAUGUUGAGAGGUUCUUCUUCUGGAAUCCAGUAUCAGGUGCUCGAGUUAUGCUCCCAACACAUCAUUCCAGCCUCGGCAGGUUCCCGAAAGUAAAAGUGGUAGCCUCUUCAGUACCAACGACAACAGAGUGUUAUGUGAGUUGCCUUCACUUCAGACAAGAAGGUUGUUUGGCCUUUUGCACGCCCACUGAUAGAUCAUGGACCUUGAUUAAGGCAGAGAAAGCUCUUGAAUUUUGGGAGAUAGAAAUACUUGAUGGGAAAUUAUAUGCGCUAGGUAGAGAAGCAUUAGAGUAUGUGAUGGUGUUUGACAUCCAUUUAGACACACAUGCCUACACAUCACAAAGGUUGGUUACUCUUCACCCCAACAUUAACAGCAUAGUUGAUGGCGGAACCUACCACCGGACAUGUUACUUGGCAAAAUGUUGUGAAUCAAAGGACCUGUUUAUGGUUUUGUGGCAUGAUCGUCCGUACUACCAAAGAUCAUUUCAAGUGUUAAAGUUAGAGAAUAAUAAUAAGUGGGUAGAGAUUGAUGACCUUGGUGAUCAGGCAUUGUUUAUGGCCACGCUCAACAACAAAUUUAUCACUUGUCAUGAUAAAACACUUGAAAGAAACUGUAUCUAUUUUGUUUUACGGAAAAGAUAUGAUUAUGCACUCAACUUUGGGGUGUUUUCCUUGACAGAUAGGAGCUUCAAAACCAUGACUUCUCUCCGGCAUCAUCAUCGAUCUUUUGUGGGCGAUACAACCUAG